AUGUCGAAGUAGUUAAUCUUCAUCAUCCAAAUUUAGAUUAUGAUAUGUAAAAAUAUAAUAACAGAUGAAGUUUUGAUAGCAAAAUAAGUUCAGUUUCCAAGAAAUAAGCACUCCGAUUCUUAUCAUAAUGUAAAAAUUCCAAAAAUUUAGUCUUUUGUAAUGAGUGAAGCUAAGAUAUAUAUGAAAUUAUCUUACAAUCCCCAUCAAUAUCUUUUAGGGGCAAGGUAAAUUUACAUUUGCGAUCAAUCAAUCAUUUAUAUCAUGCAUCAUUGCAAAGGAGGAACACUUUAUGACUAUCUAAUUGAGAAUGAUUAAAAUUUGCCAGAAAUAGUAACUAAAGAAAUUAUGAGAAAGUUACUAGAGGGGCUUAAUCAUCUCCAUAAACUGGGAAUUAUGCACAGAGAUUUAAAAUUAGACAACAUCAUGUUACUAAGAAAAAAAGAUCCAAAUUCAAUUAGGAUUAUGGAUUUUGGGUACUCUACUGUUGUUGAUGAUGAGAGGUUAUCAAAUUAAAGAUGCGGGACCCUUGGAUAUAUUGCUCCAGAAAUUUUAAAUAUGAAUGACUACAACGAAUUAUGUGAUAUUUAUAGUUUGGGAUGCGUCUUUCAUGCUUUAUUAACAGGGAGAAAACUUUAUAAAACACCUAAGUCCGCCAAAGCAUCAGAUUUGUUGAUAAUGAAUAGAAAUAGCACAAUUUCAAUUUCUUAAAUUUGUAAUCCUCAUGCCAUGGAAUUAUUAUAAUCAAUGAUAUCUGCUGCUAAGUAAAGGUCCAGUGCUGCUGUCUGUUUGCAGCAUUUAUAUUUUGAAGAGGAAUUAUUUUAGAUACAUUUAAUAUAUUCAAAUUUUUUGUUAUUUUGA